ACAUAUAUGUAUCUAUAACUUGAUCCAUGAUGGAUUUGAAGAUACCAGAGACUAAUGCAACGCAAAGCACUUUCCGUUCGAGCAAAACUGGGGACGAGCCUUCGUUGGGCGAUUCGGAGCAGCGGGACUCGGCGAAAGAUGAGGGAGCAGGUGAGCCGGGUAGAUUUAAGCGUAAAAUGGGCUGCUGGGUGUUUGAGAGCGUGGGCGGCUUCUAUAUGCCUACCGAGGAUGUUACGAAGCUAUCGCUGAAACGGCAGGAGGAACUUCUCAUACGCGAUCUAAUCUACGCCUUUUCGGGCGUGCCCUCCACCCACAUUCGCCCCGAUUUACCCAUCGAGCAGAUCACGAAGGUGCGCGCCAAUCAGGUCGAAAAGGUGCGCUUCAAGAUCAACGAGAACUUCAGUGGCGCCUUUCGCACCCUGGCCACCGAGCUGCUGCCCCUGAUCGGCUACUAUAUCACAGUGCAGAGCUUCAUUGAGGAUGCCACUAUGUCGACGGGAUGCGGCCGUUCCCUGGCCUUGGCUCUGCAGCAGACCAUGCAGCAGUAUUUCGAUGUGCAGUCGGGGCUGGAGACGCAGCUGCAGGAGAAGAAGCUGGAUCUGCACCAGCUGGUGCAGCGCCUCCGUCCCUGGCUGGUCACCAUGCAAUCCUUGGCCAACUUGACCAGUCGAGUGCGCUCCCUGAAGCUGAACAGCGCCCAGAUGCUGACGCUGAUUGACGAGCAUCAGGAGCACUUCAAGUGCGAAAGGCUAAAGCUGCUGCUCACCGAUGUCUCCCACUACUACAUGAAGAUGGUGCAGCUGUGGACGCAGAAGGGCGUGCUCUACGAUGUGCGCAGGGAGUUCUUCAUUGAGGAUACCAGUCCGGGUGAUAUGAGCAGCACGUCGCUGUCGCCCAAGCAAUGCUGCCACGCCUACUGGAUGAAUCGUUAUUGCAUCUACAUGAGUCGGCUGCCCAGCUUCCUGGAGCCGGAAGCGGAGUGCAUCUUCCUGGCGGGAAAGUACCUGAACGUCCUGCGGCAGUGCAACGUGCAGAUGAAGCUGAUGCAGGCCUCGCUCAGCUUUGUGCCCGGCAACCAGUCGCACGUGGAGCUGAUCCACAGCAGCUAUGAGCUGCCCGCUCACAAGCUGUACGAGGUCUUGGUGCAGGAGCAGAAUCUGCUGCAGCAUCUCGAUAAUCUGCAGGCAUAUUUCCUGCUGCAGCAGCUGGACUUCAAUGAGGCGCUGAUGGAGUACUACGCGGACCAGCUGGAGUGCAACGUGGACGAUCUGAGGCCAGAGAAACUGCAGAAGAUUACGCUCAGACUGCUGCAGUACAGCUCAGAUCCGUUCAAGCAUCUGCUGCGCAGUCAGCUAAUGGACUGCGAUGUGACCACGCAGCUGACCAGACGCAUGAAGCGCAUUAAGGCUGGAAGGCAAGAAGGGAACGAGACUGAAGAAGAGGCGAAGGCAGAGCAGGCGGAGCAAGCUAAGCAGUUGGGGCAGGCAGAGCUGUCGGACACAAUGGAGCUGACGGAUCAAAUGGAGCUGACUGAGCCGGAGGAACUGGUGCUGCCAGCGGAGCAGCCGGAAGCAAUGAAGCAGCUGGAAGAAGUGAAGCAGCCAGAGCAAGUGAAGCAGAAGCAGCUGGCGUAUCAGCCAUCAGCUGAAUUUGAGCUGUCCAGCGAGGCGGACGAUAGCAGUCGAAUGCCAGAGCAGCUCUCGCUCUACGGCUACGAAGCGCUCACGCUGCGCUAUGAGCCCCAGUGGCCCAUCAGCCUGAUCCUGUACGAGGAGCCGCUGGAGCAGCUGCAGCUGAUGCAUCGCGUGCUCUUCUAUCUGCACUACGUGCAGCGCAAGCUGCAGUCAACCAGCAGCAAGGGCGAUCGUGCCGAGGCGCUGCAUAAGCGCAUGCUGCAGUGCAUCCUGCACCUGGAGCAGCACAUGACCCACGACGUUAUAAAGCCGCGCUGGCAAGCCCUGCUCGACGAUGUGCCGAAGGCACAGUUUGUGGACGAGCUGAUCAGCCUGUUCCAGGAGACUCUGGACAGCUGUCAGGUGAUGUGCUUGCUCUCCGAGUCGGUGACCUUUGUGCGCUCCCUCUUUACGCUGGGCCAGCUCUGUCUCAACUACAAACAGUUGCUGGAGCGCCAGGUUAACGAGCAGGACUUUGACGCCAGCCUGGCCGAGUAUGAGCAGGAGUUCAAUGGGCUGCUCGUUGGCAUCUUGGAGCUGCUCAUGGAACUGGCCAAACCGAGCAGCUCUUGCGGCAACGAGGAGCGCGAAUCCUGCAAACAGCUGCUGCAGCGCCUCGAAGAAAUCAGCCUGGAGUUGGCUUAGUUUUCGUUUGAUUUGAUUUCAUUAUUCAUAUAUCAUUCCACCCAUUCCAAAUUUCUUGUUGCUA